AUGCAAAUAAACAAAUUCGAGGCACUAUCUCCAUCAUCACCACCAACACCGCUACUACUGCAGCACACUUCAGUCCGUAACGACCACGACAUCGAAGCCAUACAUAUACACAGCAAUUUAAACAACAGUGAUCACACACAGACAAACACACCAACACACGGCGACACACGGCGACACGCCGACACACACACACACACACACACACAGACAGACACACAAACACACACACAAAUACAUACUGAAGAUACUAAACAGGUUUCCAAAAAGCAAAUUCUGAACAAGAAAGAAACAGCAACUGCUGCUACCACUGGUGCUGCUGCUGCAAAAAAUAACUCUCCACCUUUCUUGAUCAUACCCUCGUUCUCCUCUUCCCUCUCCCUCUUUCUCUCUCUCUUCGUAAGUAUAGUAAAGUAUUAA